AUGGAAUUUUCAAUGCGAGCUCAACAAAAUCUGAUAACGUUCUUCGUAACUCCCACAAGAAGUUUAUUAUCGCAUAAAUUUACUUCCAACGAUUUAUACAAUAAUGAACUUGCAGAAAAAGUAAAUGGUUUGAACCACACAAUGUUUAUGAGAAGAUUUCUUCGGCAUGGAAAAAUGAAAGCAAAGUUAAAAGAAUGUUAA